UCUAGUGGCAUGAGGACGCACUCUACACUGACGCUUUCUCGUGCUCGAACCCCAGGUAUCCCUGCCGUCUCACGCACACGCCUAGUGUGUCUGUGAGCUGUAGGCUGGUGUCGUUCUGGGCCUCGGUGUAAUAACAACCCGGAACGAUGGUUCGCAGCGGCAGCUUCAUAGCGGCUGUCUCUGAACCACUCCCGUUGUAGUGAACACAUCCCGCUGACCCCGGUAGAUCCUGUGUUCGGGGGCAGCCAUGGCUGCACCAGAACCGUCCCCGCCGUCUUCCCAGGAGGGAAAUAAACCGGGCUUCCCAAAGAAAAUUCUGGCCAACAAUCUCGAAGACAAGCAUUUGUGCAACUCGUGUCAGAAAAUCCUGCGACGGCCCCUACAAGCCCAGUGCGGUCACCGCUUUUGUUCGUUUUGUUUCAUCAAAACUGUCAGCUCUGGACCACAAAAAUGCAGUGCAUGCAUCGAAGAAGACCUGUUUGAGGAACCCACUUCCAUCCUUAAGCUAGGUGGUGCAUUUCCAGACAAUGCAGCUCGGAGAGAGGUGGAGGCCCUGGCAGCACUCUGUCCCAAUGAGGGAUGCACAUGGACUGGAACUGUCAAAGACUUUGAGGCUGACCAUGAGGGCAACUGUGACUUCAUGAUCAUUAUGUGUCCGUCCUGCAAAGAGCUGAUGAGAGCUAAUGAACAGGAACGCCACAAUGAAAGGGAAUGUCCAGAGAGGACGCUAAACUGCAAAUACUGCAAAGAACCCUUCUUGUUAAAGAACAUCAAGGCUCAUGAUGAAAUCUGUCCAAAGUACCCUAUGAUUUGUGAGGGUUGUGCAAAGAAAAAGAUUCCUCGAGAAAAGUAUGUGGACCAUAUUAAGUUCUGCAGUAAAUUUAAAACCCCAUGCAGAUUUCAUGUUGUUGGCUGCAAUACGUCUGUUGAGAAAGAGAAGAUUCAUGACCAUGAGUGUCAGUGUUCUUACGAGCACCUUAACCUGCUUCUGCAGUUCAUCAUGGGCAUCAAGGUGAGUCUGGAAAGCCUGCAGCCCCAGAGCUUGGAGGUGGCUAGCAAGAGGUUACAGGAGCUCCACCAGUCCCUCCGAGGCUUGGAGCUGAAAAUGAGCAAGCUGGGUGGAGGUGCUGCAGCUUCCAUGCAGGGUGCGAUCACCCCGACCCUGUUGACCUCUUUCACCCCCUUGUCCAGCGCUGUGGCUAUCACGCUGGAGCUGCAGCUUCAGAAUGAGAAGAAAAAGGUGGCUGAACUGAGCCAGCGCUGCCAGGAGCUGGAGCUCAAAGUGAGCACUUUUGAAAACAUCAUCUGUGUCCUGAAUCGAGAAAUGGAACGUUCCAGCACUACCAUGGAGGCUUACAACCGCCAGCAUCGACUAGACCAGGACAAGAUUGAAAUCCUCAACAACAAGGUGCGUCAGCUGGAACGCACGGUAAGCCUAAGGGACCUAUCCAUCGUGGAGAUGGAGGGCAAGAUGAGAGAGAUGUCUGCAUCCACAUAUGAUGGCAUCUUCAUCUGGAAGAUCUCAGACUUCACCAAGAAAAGGCAGGAUGCGGUGGCCGGCCGUGCUCCAGCUAUGUUUUCUCCUGCAUUCUAUACCAGUAAAUACGGCUACAAGAUGUGCCUGCGGAUCUACCUGAAUGGUGACGGGACCGGACGGGGAACCCACCUGUCCCUGUUUUUUGUGGUGAUGAGAGGGCAUAGCGACGCACUUCUCAAGUGGCCUUUUAAUCAGAAGGUGACUCUCAUGCUGCUGGACCAGAACAAUAGGGAGCACAUAAUUGAUGCCUUUCGGCCCGAUGUGUCAUCCUCAUCCUUCCAAAGGCCUGUCAGCGAUAUGAAUAUAGCCAGUGGCUGCCCCCUCUUCUGCCCGCUCUCUAAACUGGACUCUAAAAACUCCUACAUACGUGAUGAUACCAUCUUCGUCAAGACUAUAGUGGACCCCACUGGGCUUUAGACAGAAUUUGAGGGCAGAAAUCUGAUUUUUGUUUUUAUGAACUAAAUUGAAUAAAAUGUCAUUUAGAUCAUUUGUUACCAAAAAGCCUCCUGGAUGUCUUCUUUUAGUUUUGAGACCAGUUGUUUAGAAAGAUACUUCAGGCUGCAGGUUGCGGUAUUAAUUAGAUUUCACGUUGUUUCUGAUCACAAAUGAUCCAAUAACAUUUUAUCUUGUAAUUCAGUUUUCACACCAGCCAGAGGAACCUUAAAAACAACUUUGAGAUUUUUAACAGUGAUCUGCUUUUUUGUGUGAAACUAACGCAGGAACGGGGCCUCGUGACGUUGCAGCUUUUCAUCUUUGUGAGAGACACAAAAUGCUGUGUACUGGUUAUGUAAACUCUUGUGUGCAAAGAAAAGUGCACCCCCAGCCGUACAUCAACAUCUUCACUAGCUUUUUUACUAGCUAGCUAUCAUUAGACUGUGAGACACAAGCUAAUGUUUGCUAGCAAGAAAAUUAUGAAUGGUAAUGUAUAAAAAUCCUUUACACACAGGCCUUGAAUAC